AUGAAUCAAACUCAAUUGAAGACCUCCCAAGGGAAAGAGAACGGUUCUACCAAGGCACUCUACAGACUCACUCUAUCGGGCAACGACACUCUAGAAAUAGAGUCUCAAGACGAGUCUCAACUUGGUAGCGCCCCUAAAAUCGUUCAUGAUACCACAGAUAUCCCAAAAAGCGAAGAGAUUCCGAGGGAAACUCAAUUAAACUUGUCUGAAGACGAUAAACCUUCCAUUGUUGAAAGUCUCGAGAAAAGAGCUCCUCUCGGGGCUACUAACACUAUGCACGUUGACAAUGACUAUGACAAUGACAAUGGUCUUCCUGAUAAAUACUCUACUUUGAGAAAAUGGAUUGCCCGUGCCGACGUUCGUGGAGGAUCUAAUAGUAGUUACAGCUCCCGUAUCAACGACUUGGCUAAUGGUCCCUUAUUUGCUGUCGAAGAAGAGGCAGGAUUCUUGCCUCAUAUUGCCAAAAUUAACGAUAUUUUGAUAAAUGAAGGCCGUGGAUAUUUGAUCCCCAAUCGCAAUGGUUAUUGUCUUCAAGAACCUACAAUUGAGGAGUUAUGGCUCAUCGAUCAACUGAUGAACCAAUUUGUUAGCUUCUCAGCUUAUCCACCAGAAGUGGAAAGACCCGGAGCGAAAGGAUCUGGCUAUAGAGCCUGGCGACAACUUGCCGGAUCAACUUCCGAAUCAUCGCAAAACGACCUAGGCGAUGAUUGGAAGGCCUUGAAGUUUGAUCUUCGCACCAACCCUUUUGUCUUCGCUAGGGAUGUUGAGAUCUUACUUGAAAGAUCCCUAGAGACUGGAUACAUGCAACACCCAAGUGAAGCCAAAUCUUUUAUUAUUAAAAGCAUCCGGCCUGAAGUUCAUGAAAACACAUUUCUUGACUUCAAUUCAGUCUGUAUUGCGCACUCAAUGAGUUUAGUUUUAGAUGCAUUCCGCCAAUAUGGCUAUUAUGGCUCCUUUAACAAUAGAGCUACGUGGAGAACCGACUAUGACUGGAGUCAACUACCCGGCGUAAAACCCAAGGAACCCAAGAGGGAUUUUAGUACUAGAGACACCGAGAAAGAUCAUUUUGGCCGCGACAAACAUGGAAGCAAGAAGAACCCAAAAAGGCACCUUUAG